AUGAAUGAGCAGACAUUUUUACGACCAAAUCCAAUAGUAUCCGAGUUGCGUCGAACGUCAUUAAAAACCUUCUUAGAUACUCGUAUGACGACGAAACCAAGCGUUUCGAGACGAAUGAAAAAUUGUUUGUUUUGUGGUCUAUAUCAACAGCGAUCAGAUUCACCGACACAUGGAUCAAGAUCAAAAUUACACUCCAAAAUUAUUGAAAUGGCUGGCGAGAGCAGUGAUUCAGUGGAAUGGUACACAGCUGAAUGUGGAACAUCGCAAUAUACAUUACCUAAACGAUACCAAGAAUUAAGUCCCAUUGGCCAAGGAGCAUUUGGAGCUGUAAUCCGUGCUGUCGAUGUAGUAACUGGUAAAGAUGUUGCAAUAAAAAAGAUGCUUCGACCAUUUCAAAGUGAAACACACGCUAAACGAACAUAUCGAGAGCUUAAAUUACUUAUGCAUCUGAAUCAUCGUGAUGCACAAGUUGUACAAUUAUACAAUGCAUUUACACCGGAAAAGAAUGUGAACGAUUUUCAAACGAUAUAUUUUGUCCUGAAUUUUGUUGAUUAUGAUUUGAGUAAAGUCAUCAAACGUGGAAAACCAUUUACAGAAGAUCAUAUUAAAUUAUUAAUUUAUUCUCUUCUUCGCGGUUUGAAAUUUAUUCAUUCAGCCGGUGUCAUUCAUCGUGAUUUGAAACCAACCAAUAUUGGAAUUAGUCAAAAUUCCGAUCUCACAAUUCUUGACUUUGGUCUAGCUCGUGUUGCAACUAACGGUCUUCAAACUGGUUAUGUAGCUACAAGAUGGUGGCGUGCUCCAGAAGUAUUUAUUAAUUGGGAACGUUAUGAUGAAAAAGUUGAUAUAUGGUCUGUGGGCUGUAUUAUGGCUGAAUUGAUUCUUCUUAAACCUCUGUUUGCUGGAACAGAUCAUAUUGAUCAAUUAACAAAAAUAUUUGAUAUUGUUGGUACACCUGAUUUAGCAACUUUAGAUGAAGUUUGUGAACCAUAUGCACGUGACUAUAUUCAUAAAUUACCAACAAAACCUAAACAAGAUUAUAAAAAACUAUUUGGUUAUAAAUAUGAACCAGGAUCUCGAAUACCAGUGUCCGGUGUAUCACCUCAAGGUAUUGCAUUAUUGGAUCGUUUGUUAUCAUUUGAUCAUCGUACACGUCCAACAGCUCAAGAAGCAUUAUCUGAUUCAUAUUUUGAACAUUUACAUGACCCAAUGGAAGAACCAUCAGCAGAAGUUUUAGUUGAUGAACAUCAAGAUGCAACUUAUCCAAUAGCAAAAUGGAAAUCUAUCUUAUGGAAAAUGAUCGAAGAUUUUGAACCACCACCAUGGGCCAUUGAAGAUAAUGAUGAUGAUAUUUAA